AUGGCUCCUCCUAUGAAGAAAUUGUGUGCAGUUUUAGGCAUAGCCAUCCUCUUUGCUAGUUUUAGGCAUUGUGUGCCAACGCCAACCAUUUCAGCUUCUCCAGCCGUUUUACCAUAUGGAAAAGCACCCAACAACAACAUGUCAUCCUUUUUCCCUACUUCUCCUACUUCUGAGGCAUUUGGACCAGUGGCAGUGGCAGUGCCCAGCUCAGGUGAGUUUGUGGGGAAGGUUAAUUCAUCCGCCGACUUCGACCGUGGGUGUGCUCUUGUUGCAAUAUAUGCUGCAGCCCUUUCUACUUUGUUUCUAAAUCUUGCUUAA